UCACUCCUUGUUGUUGAGGCUCUUUUUUUGCGUCCUGCUCAGUUUGAGGAUGAGUGAAGUCCACCAAUAUAUCCUGGUAACCAAAAACAACUUGACGUCUGACCAGCGAAAGUUGUAUGACUUGGUUCAAGCAGCUGGCAUUGUGAUGCACCCAACACUUUUCAAGAGCAUCAUGGACCUACUCAAUGAGAAAGUUCCUCCACAUGCUCUCCUAAAUGUACUGAAGGAGCAGAGUGGAAGGAUUCUCAAUAGGAGCAACAUCAGCAACGAUAACUUCCUUCCAGAAGAAUUCAUAAAUGGAAACAUGAGAUAGACAAACUUCUGAUCUUCAGGGAUGAUUUCUGGUUAUUGUGGAGUUUGUAAAUGAUCUUAAUAGUUACCAAAAGGUUGAAAGCUUUAGUUAAUUUAGUUUUUUUUUUGUUUCCUCUCCUUUCUCUUUUUUCCUCUCCUCUUCUCUCUUCUUCCCUGUCCUGUCCUCUUCUCUACUCUCUGCUCCCUUCCUCUUCUCAAUCCAUAUUCUCCUCUUCUUCUCCUCUCUUCUCUUCUCUUCUCUCCUACUGCUUGUUUCAGAGAACUGAAAUGGUUUCAGUCUCAAUUAAUGGUUCAAAUAUUGAAUCUCAGAUAUAGUUUGAUGUACCAUUGAAUAAAAAAAAGAAUAAUCAUCAUUUAAAAUUGUUCUUUCUUAGAUAAAGAAAUUGUCAGUUACCCUCUGAUAUAAGAGAAAGCCUUUGGUUGAAUUUUUAAAAGGCAGGUCAGUGUAUUGCCAGGGAAAUGUGAAAAUAUUUGUUUAGCUCCUGGAGCAAAUGGUAAGAAUUUCUAGAUGAAAGACUAAUGAGCAUCUUGAUGAUAAGAAUUAACACAGCUUUUGUUAUAGAGUAGUAGAAUGUGAGUAGUUUUUUGUACUGUCCAUAAAAUAUACGGUCUUUAAAACAAUUUUUUAUCAUUCACAAGCAAGUGCCAACAAUAUUAACACAGUAUAUCAGUACAAAGGUAUUGAAGUGUAGAUAAUGUACCAAAUACUAUUUUUGAGAAGUGAGUAUAAGAUUUUUUAAAGAUUAGAUUUUAAUAAUAGUUCCUGCUAAUAAAAAAGUACACAGGUAUGUUGGCUAAAUCUGAGGAUAAAAGGGAUUUACAUUACCAAAAGUGUGUUUUAGGAAUAUUGAUAAUGGAGAAUGUUGAUAUAGGUACUCAUUUGUUUCAGAGCUUUAUCAUUUUUUAUCUGAUUGAAUUGACUGCAAAUAGCAUAAUUGUGAAAUAAAAGUAGAUUGA